AUGGGUGAAAAGUCUUCGAAACAUGAGACUCCAGUUGAGAUCUCAUCAGAACAAAACAGCAAUACAUCUAGGAAUUCAUCUGCCCAGUGCGAUAAUAGGAGGGAUGCAGAGAUAGAAAGAGCAUACUCGCUAAUGCCUGAUGAAGAUGACCUUGAACGAAUGAAUACGCUUGCUUCGCAGAUGCGAGUUGACGAGAAGGAUUACGAAGUGAGAUUUGAUGACACCUUAGAUGACCCUGAAAAUGUGGCAAGACGAAUAUCGAAGGUGCGGAAGUACUACAUAUCGAUUUCGAUUACUGCUGCUUCUCUCAAUAUAACCAUGAUUUCGUCAUGUUGGGCGCUGGUGGCUGAAAAGUUCAUGGCGAAAUUCCAUAUCUCAAGAGAGGUUGCAGUCCUUGGAAUUUCGUUCUACAUAUUUGGACUAGGCGUUGGUCCUCUAUUACUAGGGCCACUUAGUGAGCUAGCCGGAAGGAGACUCACCUUCAUAUUUUCUUUGUCGCUAAGUAUCGUGUGGCAGUGUUUAGUAAUAUGGUCCACGACUAUCGAAGGCGUUUUCUUUGGCCGAUUCUUGUCGGGUUUUUUUGGGUCAGCCUUACUUAGCGUUGCUGGUGGAGCUAUAAGUGAUAUAUUCAGCAAGGAUGAGGUAGGGAUUCCAAUGACGAUCUAUACACUCUCGGUAUUUUUUGGGCCAUCAUUAGCACCUAUUAUUGCUGGCGCAUUCGCACAUGACGAUUACAGAUGGUCAUUUAUUGUCUUGCUGAUUUCAUGUGCUGUAACUCUGCUUUUAAUCAUCUUCACGGUACCUGAAACUUAUGCACCUUUAUUGCUUAUCGAAAAGGCAAAGAGAUUGAGAAGGGAAACAGGAAACGAAAGGUUCUUCGCACCUAUGGAAGUCACGAGGAAGAAUGCCAGCGUUGCAAAACUUGUACUGACAUCAGUUCGAAAACCAUUUGGCCUUUUAUUCCGGGACAAAAUGAUGGCAGUACUUUGCUUCUAUACUGGUCUAGUGCUUGCAAUUAUUUAUCUGUACUUUGUCGCAUUUCCAUACAUUUUCCCCACGUUGUACAAUUUCACAGUUUUCGAAACUGGUCUAUCGUAUUUGGGUCUGAUGAUCGGUAUGAUCAUUGUUUCUCCAGCUAGCAUUAUAUUUCAAAAGAGAUAUGAAAGAAAAGUUAUAGCAAAUAACGGUCAACGUACCCCAGAGAUGAGAUUCGAGGCCUUAUUUUACGGUGCGUUUUUAACACCAGCGGGACUCAUGAUAUUUGCUUGGACUUGUUAUCCCUCAGUCCACUGGAUUGCACCUUUAAUUGGAAGUGCGGUGUUCGGGGCAGGUGUCUUUUUUGUGUUUGUUGGUGUUUUUAAUUACACUGUUGACGCCUAUCGAAGAUUCGCAGCUACAGCAAUGGCAUGUAAUUCAUUCGUUAGAAGCACCAUGAGUGCUGUUUUUCCCCUGUUUGGAUUGCAAAUGUAUCAAGGCAUGGGCAUAAAUUGGGCAGGAUUCCUCUUAGCCAUGGUUGCAAUUACAAUGAUACCAGUACCUUUUCUCUUUAGCAAAUAUGGUGCUUAUUUAAGAUCCAAAUCGCCCUACGCUUGGGAUGAUUAG